CUAACUUUCUAAGCCACAAACUCAAGGUUUGAAGAGCUUGUGGUUGAGGUCGAGGUCAUUGGCAUCAAAAAGCAUAUCCAUGCGGCCGUAGCCCUUUGGCCAUUCACACACUCACUCACUCACUCACUUACUCAACAACAUGGAACCAAGCCUAAUCCUCAUCCGUAGCAUUCACUGUCAUCCUCCGUAGCUGCUACUGCUGCGACCUCUUUUUACUGGCUCUAACACUACUCUUGCAGAGCUUGAAAAUGUCUCCAAUGGCGGUUUUGACACAUGGGUCAUCGCUAUUCCGACCUAUGGAGACUCCCAUCUCCUCUAAACGAUCACCUGUUAGGCACUCAAGCUGUUCCCUUGUCCGACUUAGAUUGUUUACAAGAGAACAUGGAUGUAAGCUUGCUGUUCAGUCGUUUACACCACAAACUUUCAGGACAAGAAGUCAUCAACAGGAUGAUGUCGAAAACUACAAGGCUAAAGUAUCUAAAGAGAAUGCAGACAUACAUGAUAUAAAUUCUGAUCUUGUCCUUGGAGACAUGAAAGAUGCUAGCACUGAUUUUGAAUUUUCAUUUCUGGCUAAAAUAGCCAUUGCACUGGGCAUAGCUGCAACUGUCACAAUCGUCUCUAUUGGGGCGAAGCAGCCUGCUAUUGGUUCGUCUCUUGGAUUUCAGUUUCUUUCAGAUAGUUCAUCUUCUUCAGCAAUGGCCGCAGCACCUGUUGGCUUUACCUUUAAAGCUUUUGGAUACAGAAUAGUUCUGCCAGAAUAUGCUCCAGGGUGGAUUUACUUUUGGCUGCUUAUGGCUGCUGCUUGUGGUCUUUUCAUCAGUGAAGAAGCUUUAAAUAUCUGGGUUGGGAUAUCUAUAGCAAGGAUGCUAACUUUGGAUGGGUCAUGGAAGUCUCUUGCUGAGUCCUUUUCUAGGAAUGCUGGUUACAUAACAUCGACGAUUUUUUGGGUGUACUGGGGAGUGUGCAUUAGUGACUUAAUACCAUUUUAUUUUGGAAAGCUUUUCAAGCAGUCUGGGGCAUCUGAUGAUGUUUGUUCAAAGUUAGGGAUUGGCAAAGAGAAAGCUUUGAGCAUAACUCGUGUUGUUCAAAAAUAUGGCAAUCUCAUUGGUUUUGUUGAACGAUUUUCCCUUGGAGUAAGAAAUCCAACAGCAUUUUUGGCCGGGGCAUCGGGAAUAUCUGCUGAGUGUUUCUUUGCUGGAGUUUGUGGUGGUGGUUUGGUCACUCUUUCAAUUCAGCUGGGGAUAGGAUUCUUGAUGAGAGAGCGCCCAUUGUUUGCCCUUGCUACUGUCGCAACGGUUGUGGGAAUUUGGACUAUAUUUCCUUAUGCGGUGGCUGCUUCAACAGCAUUAUUCCUUUACCUGCAACGCCGGUACUCUAGCUAGACAAAACCUUAUACAAAUUUUUGGACUUCCUUGAAUAUAGACAAAAGAUAUCAUGAUAUAGAAUACAAAGAAAAUCAACCAUGGUUUAUAUCUUUGGGUGGUAUUGACAAUCACUUGUUAGAUAACCAUCCACUAUAGUUAUAGCUUUUAUAAUUUGGGAAAGCAAAGUUACUUUGAUUGGAUUUGAUCUCA